CGUUCAAAACUACGGAGAACGCAGGAGGUGGUGGUUCGCGUCUUUUAUGCCGUUACAAAUAGUGUAAAGUAAUGGAGCCCACGCCAGCAAUUUUAUAGAAGGCAAGUGUACUUCCAGACUUGACGUUUGUUAAGGAAGCCAGACUGUGGGAUAAUUUUAACAGCUAAGGAGGCUUGGGUGACAGCCAGUACACGGGUGUUCUAAAAAUGACGGAAUGGAACUUCGACGUGUGGCAUCUCCCGUGUAGUCUGAGCUUGGCCAGUUGCCGGUACCAUGCAGAAGCACUUGCACGCAGACUGCACAGUAAACUGUGGUCCGCGGGAAGAUUUGGAAACAGUGAGGAUUCUCACUUGGGAGGUGAGUUAAGUUGUGACACUUUUAGGCUUACGAAUUCAUUCAAUGAACAUUCUGUCAUUAUUCCUGUUAUAAAUAAGGCUCCCGUUUCUAAGCUAAGUCCAGUCUCAAAUACAGUGGACAUUGAGGGCUGGAAGGAAACUAUGUUUACCUGUGAAGAUGAACUGUGUAAUCCGGAGGACGACUCAUCACCACCAAGUCCAACAGGUGAGAAUAUUGUUGUUAAUAAAGCUGUCAACUUGAUAGGAGCUAUGGAUUCUAGCGAUAAAACGCAGCACAGUCCUAAAACGGUAUAUUCUCACCCGUGUGGAUCUAGGGCUAUCGGGGAAUCUUGGCGCGAAAAUGAUUUCCGACAUGCUCAAGUAAUGGAUCGAAGCAAAAGACAAAUUCUCUUUGAAAAACUUCAAAAAUACGCAGAAAGCUGGUCGUUAUCAGAACCGGAAACCGGCACUUCUGCACGGUUUUAUGAUGUUGACAGUGGCAGCGAUAGUGUUGAGGAGUUGGAUCUAAAUGGUCUCAAGGAUGAAAGCGAAAUUCUUCAUGUUUACGAUGGGCAAGAAGACGACAGAAAUGUAAAUAAGUCUUCCGACCCUUCAAAAGAAAACACGCUUACGUCACUUCAGAGAGGCCCAGAAGAGCCGCCCCAUGACUGUCCAAUUUCUUUAGUAACUGUAAAUGAAACGAUCACUAACUCAAACUCGAUGGGGGACAGUGGCAUAACCUCUCCUACUAGCGCUGAUCUUGAAACAUGCAAUGGUCCUAACAAGAAAAACUCGACUCUUGAUAGCACUGCAUUUAAAAGUAAAGAAGGUGAGUCAUCAGAUCUUACAGACUGUAGCUGUAGAUUAUCUCAGGACAUCAAUUAUCACGAUGGUAAGGAAGGUAAGUCAUCAGAUCUCACAGAUUCUAGCUGUAGAUUAUCUCAGGACACCAAUGAUCAUUAUGAGGAAUACGAAAAUGGUUUAGUUGAAAACACUACAGAAUCUGUACUUACUAGAGAAGGAACCAGAAAAAGUCUUUACAGUAGUGUUGAUGAAAGUGUACAAACUUCGGACCCCGAUUCUCUAAAUCGACUCUUGGAGGAAAGCUCACAGAAUGAAAAAUCCGAGCACGUAGAAUCAAAAUGGAAUGCUUUGAAUGGCCAUGAAGAAGAAGAGGAUAGUGGUAAAAAACUUGUUCGAAGUACUUCUCUCAAAACCGGUAAAACACCCCCUGGAACCCCAAGUAGAAAAAAGAUCGUGUGCUUUGCUGAUGCUCUAGGGCUUGACUUGGAGGCCGUGAGACAUAUAGGACCAGAAGACGAGGAACUUAAUAUUCCAGCAUCUGCAUUCAGUGACUUAAAGGUUUCGUCACAUACUUCUGGUCGCUCUUCCACCAGUUUGAUCUCGCAAACCAACCCAUUCGCUUGUAGCCUUAAUGUGCACAAACCUUCUCACAGCAGUUGUACAUUAAUCCCUCUAUUCCCACAGCCCAUAACACGAAAUGAUUUUCUGGAUCGGAUCCGAAGUCAGAAAAUUUGUCUGGAAAAUAUCAUCGCAUCGGAUUUGAAUGUGAAGUGUCAUGUUCGCGUUCUCAAUAUCUCUUUCGAAAAGCUCGUACUAGCCCGCUACACAACCAAUGAGUGGUUAACUUAUGAUGACGUUCUAGCGAACUACGUCCAUGGAUCGUGUGAUGGGUGGUCAGAUAAAUUUUCCUUGAAUUUUUUGGUUCCUGGUAUGAGUCAGGGCCAGCGGCUAAUUUUUGCUGUUCGGUUUUUGGCCAACGGUCAAGAAUUUUGGGAUAAUAACGAUGGUAAGAACUAUAUAUUACGCUGCCACAGCCAAAGUUCUGGAGUUUUUGGACCACUGACUGAAGGAGGUCCUCCUUGGAUGCACCAUUUUAUGUGAAGAUAUGAGCUAUCUUAGUUUCGUGUAAGAUAUGAAACUUUAGUCUUCGCUAAUCAUGUGAGUGGGCAUAAUCUUACACAAAAGAAGGUUUAAAAUGCGAGUAUUUACCUUUUUUUUGGGGGGGGGGCAAUGCUGAUAGCCCUAUCCAUAUAAAAUUGGAUUAUAAUAUUUAAUUAAGUAGAUGUAAUAUGGCCUAGAUUUACAAGAUAUCUAAGUGUACAAUAUAAAAAAAAUUUGAAAACGAGCGAAAAUAAUCCAGAAAACAAACAAAUCCCUACACAGUGAGUAGUCGUCAAAUACACGGAUGGAGAUGGACGGUGGAGAGUAGUUAAGACCGUGUAAUACAUUUACUGCUAACUUUCUGCCAUCUUUCUCAUUUUGCCUUUCGGACUGUUUAUGUUUGGUUCGUUUUUCCAUUGAGGAAACGUGAAUUUAAAACACUUGAUGAAUUGAUGUAGAAUAGAAAUAGCUAACUAGUAAACUAAGUCUGCCUACUUAUUAAUGUCAUAAUAUAUCUGUAGUGUUAUGAAACAUUACGCUGUUUUUCUUGUAAAGAAAAAAAGAGCUACUUUUACGCUUUAAAAUAUGUCAAAAGUAAGUAUAAAGAAUAACGUAUUAUAAAUAAAAGUACCAUGAUAGUGUCAAGGUAAAACGGUGUCUAAAAUCUAACGUACUAAAAAUAUGUACUUGUUUGCUUGUCUCGGAUGGAAGCAGUGGAUUGGAAAGUCGUGUGUUAUAUAAAAAUGAAAUAAUUAAAUGAUCUAUUUCCGUCUGAAAUGUUACAAAAUAUAUUUUUGUUAUCAUCUGAAGAUAUGUUUUAAGGUCUUGUAAAUGUAAUCUCAUAUACUAUAUUCGUUCUGAUGUGAAUGUUUAAAGUGUUAUUUAGGUUAUCAGGUUGUUUAAUCCUAUUAUUAGAAUAUUCACGGGAGUAGUGUACUUUCAUUUAGCGUAUUGAGAUUGUCACGUACACACAGAUUUUGUUAAAUUACUGUUGUUAGUAUCGAAACGUACAAAAAAUACACCACGUUACGAAUUUCACGCUGAAAAAGUAACAGGAAUGUGCUCGUGAUUCUGAAAUGUUACAUUGACAGUUGUUUUGUUAUUAAUUAAGUAAUGGAAUGUAGAUAUGUAUAUCACGUUAUUAAUUUCAGAUUCUGAAAUAAAAGGAAACAUUUUUUCGUUAA